ACGCGGGAGCGGCGUGCGUUGCGUUUCCGUUUCUCCCAGCGGCUAAAUACCGGACAGCUAGCGGCUAUGCUAAUGCUAACGGUUAAUGAACAGCCAGUGAGGGGUUUUUUUUCUUCCAGAGAUAACUACGUGCGAAUGAAACGAUUGUGUUUAUCGUGAUAUUUACAUAUGUUGAAAGAAUAAUGCAGAAACUUUGGUUUUGUAAUGAGACCCUGUUGUCUGUGUUGAUCCCGUCAAUUGCGGCUUUCUAUCUUUGUCAUGUUAAAAUAGCGUUGAGUUGUGGCUCUUAAACGGAUUUGGUGACGGCUUGUCGUGGUUUCUCCGCGAUCAGGAGGCAUCUGACACAGGGGAUGAGAGGAGAGCAGGUGCUGCGCUCCUGGCUGCGGACUCAGUGACUCUCUCUUUGGGCUCAGGAUGGCGCAGGGAGGGCCUCAGUUGGACUAUCACAUACUGCAGGACCUCAAGCAGCGCUUCCCAGAGAUUCCAGAGAAAGUAGUGUCUCAGUGCCUUCUUCAGAACAACAAUAACCUGGACAUCUGCUGCCAUCUGCUGGCUCAGGAGAGUAAUAGAUACCUGUAUGAGGAGUACCACAGCCCAGAUGACUUGCACUUAAACCGGAACCACAUGCUGCGCAUUAGUGUGGGUUACCCUGCUACUGAAGGGGUUAAAAAUAAUGCUGGUGGCCGAGCUUUGGUCCACAGUUCCAGCGACGGGCACAUCGAGCAUCCUCGAAGUGGUUUCCCCGAGCCCCUCUCCGCCCCAGCUACUAUGGUGCCGUCACCCGUCUUCAACCCCUUCUUCAUGAACGAUCAAGGACGCUCGAACAUCCCCACCCCUCCACCCAGCAUCCAGGGCAUGUCACCCACAUACCACCCUGUCCCACGUUACAUGCCUCCCAUAACAGUUACCCUCUCCCAGAACAUCCCCACUGCCCCACAAGCGCUGCAGAUCCCCCCUGGUGCCUAUUGUAACAGUGGGAACACCGUGUACAUGCGUCCCUCACCGUCUCAAAGUCCUCAACCCACUCCCUGGUCCACAUCUGGGACAUCUGUGUACCAGCAGUCUCCUUACGCCACUCCGACAUACCCAUCCCCGUACAGUUCUCCCCAACAUCAGGUCCAGCAGCCGCCCCAGGUGUUUCUGCCCAUAAGUCCCCCCACUCUCCCUGGGCUUUCCUACCAGCAGCCGCCAGUUUCCCACAGGCCUUUUAUGUCCUCCAAAGGCCCUAUGAAGAACCAGAUAGAGAUCACACUGGAGGGACACCGACCACGGAGUAACUCCCCUGUACAUGCUCCGCAGGGAUCGCUCUAUAUGGCCACCAGCCCUUCACCGAGCUCCCCGUCCCGGGCCAUUAGUAUGACCGGAACCCCCGGGGCCUCCAUUCAUCAAGGAAUUUAUGUCCACCAGGGUGUGGCAAGGCCCCGGCCCACAUCCUCUCCUCAGCCGGCCACCUCUGCGUUCAUCAAGAUCAAAAUGUACCCUGGGCAGGUGCAGCGUUCCUCAAGUUCUCCACCAGUUAAAACAGAAUCCCUCCUCAAUAUAGUGGACCAGGGCGAGCGCCACGCUGCCCCUCCUCCAAUCCUGCCCAUCUCUGCCCUGCCAGGGAACAUCUCAAGUCAGAUCAACCGCAUGCCUAGACGAUCCAGCUCCGGCUCGGAUGACUAUGCAUAUACUCAAGCACUGCUCCUGCACCAGCGUGCUCGAAUGGAGCGUCUGAUGAAAGAACUCAUGCUGGAGCGGCAGAAACUGGAGCAGGUGAAGGCGGAAGUGAAUGAAAUGGAAUUUGACGCCCUGCAGAGACGCUUCAGACGAGUGAACAGCACCAGCCUGAUACCUCGGCCAGAGGAUAUGACCAGAAUUCGGUCGCAAAACAGACAGCUUCAGAUUGACAUUGAUUGCACCUUGAAGGAGACAGACCUGCUGCAGUCCAGAGGCAAGUUUGACGUGAGAACCAUGAACAACUUUUAUGAUAAUAUUCAGCCUGGCCCUGUUGUACCUCCAAGAGCAGUCAGGUGGUAGAAGUUGGAGCUGUCCAAAAAAUCUUGUGAGUUUAAUGAUGCUCCAAAAUUUUGGUAAGAGAAAAGAUUUGGCCGAAAAUGUAAAAAAAAA